GGAUCUGGAGCCGGGUGAGGAGUGGCAUCGGGAGGUUGUAGGGUAGGAAAGCAAAGGAGAGGUCAGGGUAUUACUGGCCAGAUUGGGGUCCGGUUUCAGAAAGAAGGGAGGAGCCUGGGGGCGGGGCCUGGGAAGAGACCCUCACCUCACGCAUCCACCACCCAGGAGCAGGUCCUAGACCCUCUCUUCGUCUCCCGGCCCAGAUUCCAGCUCCUGCUUCCGGCCCCGAGCCUGUUAAAAGGAGAUAUUCUGAAUGCAGGCUGGGGCAGAAAAUUACUAAGAUCCUGUGGAAGUGUGAGGAUUAUUAAACUGAUCACCAUCUGAUAAGGUGAGACCAAAUCGGGAAUGCUUUCAUAAUGAACGUCAACCAGUCAGUUCCACCUGUGCCACCAUUUGGGCAGCCCCAGCCCAUCUACCCAGGGUAUCAUCAGUCCAGCUACGGUGGGCAGUCAGGGUCCACAGCCCCCGCCAUUCCCUAUGGAGCCUACAAUGGCCCAGUACCAGGCUAUCAGCAAACACCUCCCCAAGGUAUGUCAAGAGCCCCACCUUCCUCGGGGGCACCUCCAGCCUCAACAGCACAGGCUCCUUGUGGCCAGGCUGCAUAUGGCCAGUUUGGCCAAGGAGAUGUACAGAAUGGGCCAAGCUCCACUGUUCAGAUGCAAAGGCUGCCUGGGUCUCAGCCAUUUGGGUCCCCAUUGGCCCCUGUGGGCAACCAGCCAGCUGUGCUUCAGCCCUAUGGCCCUCCCCUGACAAGUGCACAGGUGACUACCCAGCUGUCUGGAAUGCAGAUCAGCGGUGCUGUGGCCCCAGCCCCUCCUUCUUCAGGGCUGGGCUAUGGCCCACCAACAUCUCUGGCUUCAGCCUCAGGAAGUUUCCCUAACUCUGGUCUAUAUGGCUCCUAUCCUCAGGGCCAGGCUCCUCCCCUUAGCCAGGCCCAAGGUCAUCCUGGGAUCCAGACUCCCCAGCGAUCUGCCCCAUCACAGGCCUCCAGCUUCACACCCACAGCUUCAGGGGGUCCUCGGCUGCCUUCGAUGACUGGUCCACUCCUGCCUGGACAGAGUUUUGGAGGGCCCUCAGUAAGCCAGCCCAACCAUGUGUCUUCACCUCCUCCUCAAGCUCUGCCCCCUGGCACCCAGAUGACUGGGCCCCUGGGACCACUGCCACCUAUGCACUCCCCACAGCAGCCAGGCUAUCAGCCCCAACAAAAUGGUUCCUUCGGACCAGCCCGGGGCCCUCAGCCUAAUUAUGGAAGCCCCUACCCAGCAGCACCCACCUUUGGCAGUCAGCCUGGGCCUCCUCAGCCACUGCCUCCUAAGCGCCUGGACCCUGAUGCCAUCCCAAGCCCUAUUCAGGUCAUUGAAGAUGACAGGAACAACCGGGGUACAGAGCCAUUUGUUACUGGAGUACGGGGCCAAGUGCCACCCUUAGUCACUACCAACUUCCUGGUGAAAGACCAAGGGAAUGCAAGUCCCCGAUACAUCCGAUGUACAUCCUAUAAUAUCCCUUGCACAUCUGACAUGGCUAAGCAGGCUCAGGUGCCCCUGGCAGCAGUCAUCAAACCGCUGGCAAGGCUGCCCCCAGAGGAGGCUUCACCAUAUGUUGUGGACCAUGGGGAAUCUGGUCCUUUGCGCUGCAACCGCUGCAAAGCAUACAUGUGUCCCUUCAUGCAGUUCAUUGAAGGAGGGAGGCGUUUCCAGUGCUGUUUUUGCAGCUGUAUCAAUGAUGUUCCCCCCCAGUAUUUUCAGCACCUGGAUCAUACCGGCAAACGUGUGGAUGCUUAUGACCGCCCUGAGCUAUCCCUGGGCUCUUAUGAAUUCUUGGCCACUGUAGAUUACUGCAAGAACAAUAAGUUCCCCAGCCCUCCUGCCUUUAUCUUCAUGAUUGACGUCUCCUACAAUGCCAUCAGGACUGGUCUUGUUAGGCUCCUCUGUGAGGAGCUCAAGUCACUGUUAGACUUUCUACCUAGGGAGGGUGGGGCAGAAGAGUCAGCAAUCCGCGUUGGCUUUGUCACCUACAAUAAGGUGCUCCACUUCUAUAAUGUGAAGAACUCAUUGGCCCAGCCACAGAUGAUGGUUGUGUCUGAUGUGGCUGACAUGUUUGUGCCACUGCUGGAUGGCUUCCUGGUCAACGUCAAUGAGUCUCGGGCAGUUAUCACCAGCUUAUUGGAUCAGAUUCCAGAAAUGUUUGCAGACACAAGGGAAACAGAGACAGUAUUUGUCCCAGUUGUCCAGGCUGGGAUGGAGGCUCUGAAGGCUGCUGAGUGUGCAGGGAAGCUCUUUCUAUUCCAUACAUCCCUGCCCAUUGCCGAGGCCCCAGGGAAACUGAAGAACAGAGAUGACAGGAAGCUGAUCAAUACAGACAAGGAGAAGACUCUGUUCCAGCCUCAGACAGGUGCCUAUCAGACCCUGGCCAAAGAGUGUGUGGCCCAAGGCUGCUGUGUAGAUCUCUUUCUCUUCCCUAACCAGUACGUGGAUGUGGCCACGCUCUCUGUUGUGCCCCAGCUCACCGGAGGCUCUGUCUACAAAUAUGCUUCCUUUCAGGUGGAGAAUGACCAGGAGCGGUUCCUGAGUGACCUGCGUCGUGAUGUCCAGAAGAUUGUUGGCUUUGAUGCUGUGAUGCGGGUCCGGACAAGCACUGGUAUCCGUGCUGUAGAUUUCUUUGGAGCUUUCUACAUGAGCAACACCACAGAUGUGGAGCUGGCUGGGCUAGAUGGGGACAAAACAGUGACUGUGGAGUUCAAGCAUGAUGAUCGGCUCAAUGAAGAGAGUGGAGCCCUCCUGCAGUGUGCCCUGCUUUACACCAGCUGUGCAGGGCAGCGUCGGCUCCGCAUCCAUAAUCUGGCCCUGAACUGCUGCACCCAGCUGGCUGAUCUGUAUCGAAACUGUGAGACUGACACGCUCAUCAACUACAUGGCCAAGUUUGCAUAUCGGGGAGUCCUGAAUAGCCCUGUGAAGGCUGUUCGUGACACUCUCAUCACCCAGUGUGCCCAGAUCCUGGCCUGUUACAGAAAGAACUGUGCUAGCCCCUCCUCUGCAGGACAGUUGAUCCUUCCUGAGUGCAUGAAGCUACUCCCAGUUUACCUGAACUGUGUGUUGAAGAGUGAUGUCCUGCAGCCUGGAGCUGAAGUCAUUACUGAUGACCGUGCCUAUAUCCGACAGCUAGUUACCUCCAUGGAUGUGGCUGAGACCAAUGUCUUCUUCUACCCUCGGCUCUUACCUUUGACAAAGUCUCCCAUUGAGAGUACCACCGAACCACCAGCAGUUCGAGCCUCUGAAGAGCGUCUGAGCAAUGGGGAUAUAUAUUUACUGGAGAAUGGGCUCAACCUCUUCCUCUGGGUGGGAGCAAGCGUCCAACAGGGUGUUGUCCAGAGCCUUUUCAGUGUCUCCUCCUUCAGUCAGAUCACCAGUGGCUUGAGUGUUCUGCCAGUUCUGGAUAAUCCACUGUCCAAGAAGGUUCGAGGCCUCAUUGAUAGCUUACGGGCACAGAGAUCCCGGUACAUGAAGCUUACCGUGGUAAAACAGGAGGACAAGCUGGAGAUGCUGUUCAAGCACUUCCUGGUGGAAGACAAGAGUCUGAGUGGGGGAGCAUCUUAUGUGGACUUUCUCUGUCAUAUGCACAAGGAGAUUCGGCAGCUACUGAGCUAAAGCAAGUGGGUAAAUGGCAUAAGGCCCAGGCCAGCUUCCAGAAAGCACCCCAGGAUAUCAGAGAAAUUGGGACAGUACCAUAUCUUAUGUAAGCUGACCUCAGUCUCUUUGGGGGGAGGGGGAGAUAUAAGGAGACACCUUCUUUCUGGGCUCAAGUAUCCUGCCACUCUGUCAUGUCCUGCUGAUGGAAGGUGCCCCUGUUCCCUCACUCUACCCUCUUUUUCCUGCUAAUCCUGUCAUAAUGAAUGUAGUUUCUCAGUUCACUGUAUAUGAUUCGGUAUUGGGGGUUUGGAGGCACCCAGACCCUGGCAAUAUUAUGUAUCUCUUUGGACCAGUCUCCCAAGAGGAGAGGGGCAGGCAGGAAAGAGUGGGGAUCCUAAGGUUACUACAGGGGGCUCAGUGUCAUCCACAACUUCCUAUAUUAGGGAUAAAACAUACAGGUGCACAAGAGCUGGGGUAUAGCCCAUAGGUGGUGGAGAGAAAAGUGGUCAGUCCUUCUUGGGCCUGGAGGUUAGCAGUCAAGUUUCUCAGCUUUCACUGCUCUCUCGCUCUCUCCUGCAAUGAUUGAUGAUCACUCCGUGGAUAGAGAGGCACACUGUCAGAGAUGACCUGGGAACUGAGUUGCAAAAUAUAUUAAGAUCUGGGAGAGGUACUAGCCUCCUUUCCAGCUGGAGAGGCCCCAACAUUGGAUGGUUCUGUAGGGAGCCUAGGGAGCCUGGUCAUCAACUUGCAAUACCUCACAGAGCCAGUUCACAUCCCACUCUGAGCUCCCACGAGAAACACUGCUUCUCCAGGCCCGGGGUUGUUGGGGAGAGAGGCAGAGUCAGCUGGAGCGCCGUUCUCUCCUGCCGGGACACUGCUUGGGCUUUGGUAUUGACUGAGUGGCUGACAGUUAUCUUCCAACCCCAACUGGCUUGGGGGCAGGACAAGGGCUAGGCUUGAUGGUGGCCAGGCUUGCCUGCUCCCCGCCUGGGAUGCCCCUGCUCUGGACCUCUCAUUUCUCUUCAUUGGUUUAUUUUUCAAUGCAUCUUUAAUUUGUAAAGAAAUAAAAUAAAUUAAGAUAUAA